AGAUUUCUCUUAAAGAUUAAAUCUGGUAACUUCGAGAGAUAAACAUAUCCAACUAGUAGUGACAAACAAAAUUACAUUAGUGAGCCCUGCAACAGAAAUCUAUAUCAUUGUAUGUCGCCUGGUGUAUCUGAUGGAUAUCAUAGUCUCACACAUAAUAAUGUUAAUGGUAGCAGAAAUAUACUUCUCAAGUUACUAUAAGAGUGGAUCGAAUUCCUUUCACUAUUCUAAUAUGUUGCUUCCGUUUUCUUUUCCUUAAAGUGUAUAUUAUUCUAACUUCAUUGUGGUUCCUACAUCUCGUAAAGUUGAUUCAGUAUUCGGAGACUUAUCUGCAGUAGUUAAAGAGGACACGAGAAAUAAGUUUACACUUUACAGGCUCAAGUAUUGUUAUUGACGAUCGAGAGGAGAGUUUUGGUAACCUUUCAAUGAAGUUUUUUGAUCCAGAUAGUGAAUUUAUUCUGCAUUGGAACAAAACAUUUUUAUUAUGCUCUGUUUUUGCACUAUCCUUGGAUCCUUUGUUUUUCUAUAUACCUGUAAUUGAUGGUACCCAAAAGUGCCUAGAUGUAGACCGUAGAUUGGAGAUCACUGUGUGUGUCCUUCGUUCAUUCGCAGACAUAUUAUAUGUUAUUCAUAUCAUUAUCCAGUUCAGAACUGCGCAUGUUCCUCGUUAUAAUCAUUUACUUGGAAAAAGAGAAUUUAUAGAUGAACCUUAUUAUGUGGCAAGACGUUACCUAACAUCUUACUUCAUCAUUGAUGUUUUAGCAGCUCUUCCCCUUCCACAGUUUGCAGUUUUGGUAAUCAUCCCAAACUUACAUGGGCCAGCCUCGUUACUGACAAAAAAACUUUUAAAGUUCAUUAUCUUGUCUCAAAACAUCCCUCGAGUUGCUCGGACCGCCUUGUUCUAUCAUAAGGUAACCAAAGUUACUGGUUUCCUGACCGAAAAAGCAUGGGCUGGAGCUGGUUUUAACUUUUUUCUCUAUGUGCUAGCUAGCCAUGUAGUUGGAGCCCUCUGGUACUUGUUUGCAAUAGAAAGCGAACUUAGAUGCUGGAAUAUCGCAUGUCAAAGUCAUAACUGUCACACCAAGUAUUUAUUUUGUGAGGAAGGCCGUGUGGGAGAUUAUGGAUUCCUGAACACUUCUUGCCCUCUUCUCGAACGAAAUGAAAUUAAAGAUUCAACAAAGUUUGAUUUUGGGAUAUACCUUGAUGCUCUUCAAACUCGAGUGUUAGAAACCAGGGACUUCCGCCAAAAAGUUUUGUAUUGUUCUUGGUGGGGUUUGCAGAGUCUAAGUUCUGUUGGUCAAGGCCUAAAAGCAAGCACUUUCUAUGGGGAGAUUCUAUUUGCCGACUUUAUUGCGAUUAUUGGGCUGGUUCUAUUUGCUUUGCUUAUAGGCAACAUGCAGAGAUAUUUGCAGUCUUUCUCAAACUUGACUCUUAGAGUGGAGGAGAUGAAAGAAAAAAGGCAAGAAGCCGAGGAGCUCAUGUCACAUUUUUCCCUCUCUGAGGAGUUAAGGCAGCGAGUUAGGAGACACAAGCAAUACAAAUGGAAAAUCACUAGGGGAGUUGAGUUAGAGUCCUUUGUCAGAGACCUUCCUCGGGACUUGAGGAGGGAUAUAAAACGUCAUCUGUGCUUAUUAUCACUAAGAAGAGUACCGCUGUUUAACCAUAUGGAUGAACAUUUAUUGGAUGCUAUGUGUGAGCGUUUAAAUCCAGUUCAUUACACAGAGCAUAGCUACUUAGCCAGAGAGGGUGAUCCGGUGCCUGAAAUGCUCUUCAUCACUCGUGGUGAGGUAGUAAGUAUAACAACUGAUGGUGGAAGAAUGGGCUUUUUCAACUCUAUUAACCUCAAAGCCGGUGACUUUUGUGGGGAGGAGCUUCUCACAUGGGCAUUAGAUCCUACAACUAAGCGAAUUCCUUUCUCUACUAGAACUGUGAAAACAAUUACAAAAGUUGAAGCUUUUGCUCUCGUGGCUGAUGAUCUCAUGUUUGUGGCAUCCCAAUUUAGACGUCUUCAUAGCAGGAUUAUCCAGCAUACUUUUAGGUUCUACUCACAGCAGUGGAGGACAUGGGCAGCUUGCUACAUACAGGCUGCUUGGCGUGGACACUGUAAAAGAAAGCUGACUAUGAUGUUGGAGGCACGAGAAUGUAGACUGCAGGAUGCCUUGGCCAGCAGCAAAGAGACUUCCACCCUCAGCGUCGGUGCCUCCAUCUAUGUGUCAAGAUUUUCCUCCAAUGCAUUACGUAUCUUAAGACGGAAUCAUAUGUCAACACCUAAGUUGGAGUUGCUUCUUCCGAAGCCAGCUUAGCCUGAUUUUGAUUACGAUGCGACAAUUGUUACAGUUAGGACAAAUAUGUAAGAAGCUGGUAGGUUCAAGCGUCAAAAUUUGAAGAGUAUCAGCUUGGAAGUCCCUUGGUAGAAGAUGCUAGUAUUAAAUUAGGAGGGGCAAAUGUGUAGAUAUGCCUUACAUAUAUAAAGAAUACAUAGAUUACCAUUUACCACAUAC